AGUUUCCUCAUUUGCAGUCCGUGUUGUGUCGGGCACAUUAUUUACGACCCACUGACUUAAUAGUUGCUGGCCGUCACCACUCUACUGGUGACCGCAUAGGAAGGAUGCAGUUCAAAGAAGACCUCGUACUGGCGGAAGAUGCGCCACGCAAGGUGUAUCAGAACAACGCCGCCACUGCCUCCUUUGAGCGUCCGUUGCUGAAGGGUCUCCAUUACGGCCAAAGAAAGCUGUUACUGUCCGAGGUAGAGUUUUUUGUCGCGAUCCUCCAACGCAUCAAAACGCAAGGCGAGCGUGCCGGCAGUAAAAAAGUUCUCAUUGUAUAUGCCGGUGCCGCCUGUGGUCUUCACUUGCCAUUCCUCUUCUCAUUAUUCGGCGACUUUCAGUUUGUUCUGAUUGACCCCGCACCCUUCUGUAGUCAGGUCCGCGAGAUUGCCGCGACGGAAGGGAGCUGCGUGUUGGAGUUAAUCGAGGGUAUGUGCACACCGGAGUUGUGCCUGCGCAUCCGCCGCUCGUACUGUGACACGCAUCAGCUGUAUCUCGUGAGCGACAUCCGGUCCGGCGUACCGACCGGAAUGAGCAAGAACCAGGAGCACACGGAGAUGAUUCAGCAAGACAACGCUGCGCAGCGGGAGUGGUGCUUCUCUCUCGAGGUGGAGGCAGCCAUGCUGAAGUUUCAUCCUCCCUACCCAGCGGCGCAAGACCCCAAGUCCACCAUGUACAACGCAGCCGACACCACCGCGGAGAACUACGUGUACCUGAGCGGGACGCAGUUGCUGGGUGUUUGGGCGCCAAAGUCAUCGUCGGAGGUGCGUCUUGUGGUGGUUGGACCUUUUACGAAAGGCUACCAGCCACCGAGCAGGUCGUACGCUUGCACCACGCAUGAGGAGCAGUGCUACGCCUACAACAUGGAAAACCGCUACGAAAAAGACUGCCACGCCGAGCGCUCCAUCCUUCAGUCGUACCUCGACUUGUUCCCUGGCACAUACGCGUCUGCGGAGCAGCUGUCGAGGACGUUGAGUGAGCGCCUAGAAUACCCAUUCUUCCGCCCGCUGGAACCGGGCUUCACCGAGCAGCACGCGCGGUGGGUCUCGCUCCUCUACUCCACAGGGAAACCGGCUGCGCUGAAGUUUUUCGAGCCGCUGAAGGAGGAGAUGUCUGUCCAGCGCGUGGCAAAGCUAGUGAUGGAUUACAAAGAUUCCGCUGAGAUCCCGACAGGGGUGCAGAUCAGUGGCGUGGAGCUCACGCGUGACUUCUGGGUAGCGCUGGCGGAGGCGGACUUUGGUGUGUACUGCUUCCCAUUUUUUCGCUGGAGCUGGAAGAAGCGCCUGCAGCAGCAGAAAAAACCUGGAGGGAGUCAACAGAGAUUUGCCGGCAAGAAGCGCCACCCCAACGAAAGCUGA